AUGACAGUCUCUUACGGAAAGAAGAUGCGACGCCGACGAAGCGUAUUCAAUCUUUGGAAUCAGACCAAAGUCACCCCUCGCCACAGCCAACCCUUCCCAUCUCCAGCCGAUACGGCAGUGUCAGACAGUACCCUAUCUCCCAACCCCAUUGACAGGGGCAGCAGAGCUCGAUUCCGGUUCCGAUUGACACGGAGCGGUUCGAAGUUCUUAUUGUUACUCGGGUUGGGGAAUUCAUCCAAUAGCAACAAGACAAGCGUGGAAUCCCGUGACGAUGUUCAAAGCCCUGAUGAUGGCCAGCACGUUCUAUCAGUCCCAGGGGCUGAGCAAAGUACCCCGAUUUAUAUGAGAGGCAGUUGCUUCCUCGAGACCCAACCACUGAUUGCCAAUACUUCCGGCAACACAAUACUGGAAAUCCCGGACAAUAAUUCCUCGCAAGACCUAGUAGAUGGCGAGUCAUCAGACCGUAAGAUUGAUGCUCAAAUCGACAGCGAGGAUAUCCAGCAAGAUCGUGUUGAAGGCGAUGACAUUCAUUCGAAAACUCCUGUCGAACCCCAAGGUCCGUCAAACUCGAGACUGGUGGACCGCGUUUCUCAAAGGCUCUCGUUAACAUUCGGGCACCCAACUGUGGUUCAUCGCACCCACCUGCGCUCCAGGCCCAGUGAAAUUUUCCCUCACUCUCCAAUAUUGUCUAGCAAACAAGGGGAUGGAGCCAACGACGACAGUUCCGAUCCUUCGACCACUCCAAGCAGUAGUGGCUCUCCCAUGGGUUGCUCAACACCUUGGACCCCAGUGACUUCCGGAGAGCCAUCUCCUUCUUCAUUGGAGAAGUACAAACCUGAAGUGAGCGAAAUGUCUGAAAUCUCAAACCGUGUCUCGAGCCCAGGACCGACGUCAAGCGGCAAGUCGCCCGUCACUGCUCCGUCGAUUCUUACAGUGGAAACCGUGUCUGUCGCCAAGGUCUAUCUUGAACUAUACUUCAACUCCAUUUUUGAGAAUCCAGACCCUCGAGUCCAGCGUCAUAACGAAUUAGAGCAGCACAUCUUUGCAUUCCACCUUGGUCCCGAAGAGCAGGAAGCCACGCGACAUAACUGGACCCUACAAGAGAAUGCAUAUUUGCGGCAGUGUCGAAUGUUGAAAACCCGUAUGAAGUCUCCACGGAUCAAUCAAGCAGUCUCUGUUGCUGGAUACGAAGUCAUCAAGACGCUGGGGAAAGGCAGCUUUGGUCUGGUGUGUUUGGUGCGCGAGAAAGACAGCCGAGACAUUUCCAAGGGCGAUGAUGAGAGCCCGACGCGUGAUGCCAUCACUUCCAGCACAAGAAGCCGUCAUCUUAAUAUGAUAAGAUCGGCCGUUGAUGGAGCCAGAAAUAGCAGACGCAGAUACAUGACAGGUGAAAAGAAGGAAGUCUAUGCCAUGAAAGCGAUCAAGAAAUCGGACAUGAUCCGAAAUUGCCAAGAGGGCCACAUUCGAGCGGAGCGAGACUUUCUCGUUGCGUCUGAAAGAUCUCGCUGGGUCGUUCCGUUGAUAUGCAGUUUUCAAGAUGACAGCUACCUGUACCUCGUCAUGGACUACAUGGUUGGCGGGGAUUUUCUUGGGCUUUUGAUCCGCAGGGAUAUUCUGCGUGAAGAGUGGACACGGUUCUACAUUGCCGAAAUGGUUCUGUGCAUCGAGGAAGCUCAUAAGCUUUGUUGGAUCCAUCGUGACAUCAAACCGGACAACUUUCUCAUAUCGGCGUCUGGGCAUCUGAAAAUCUCUGACUUCGGAUUGGCCUUCAAUGGACAUUGGUCUCAUGACCAGGCAUAUUACAACAACCACCGCUAUUCUCUGUUGGAAAAGCUUGGUAUUAACAUCAAAGGCGACGCUGAAGAUCAGGCUCUGGCUGCCGAAGCGGAGAAAGACCCGAACCUGGAUCCAAAUGCAAAAGAGCAGAGUGAGUUUAAUCAGUAUCAUGUGCCUUCAACGGGUCUUCUUGCUUGGCGAAACAAAAAAGAGCGACGGCGAUUCGCAAAGAGCGUGGUUGGCACCAGCCAGUACAUGGCACCAGAGGUCAUCCGUGGAGAGAUGUAUGAUGGAAGAUGCGACUGGUGGAGUUUGGGUGUGAUUCUCUACGAGUGUUUAUAUGGCUUCACUCCCUUUGCCUGCGAGACCCGCUAUGACACUAAGAUCAGGAUUCUUCAACACUCCAGAACUUUGAUAUUCCCGAGAGAGAGUCCAACAGAGAAAUUGGUAUCACAAGAGGCUAUUGAUCUCAUUGCAAGACUGCUUCAAGAGCGUCAAUUCCGACUGUGCUCUCCGAGAUACCGAGCAAAUGACAUGUUGGCUGGUCAACCUCCAUCGGCUCAAUUUCUGUACUCAAUGGAUCCCCGAUACAAAAACUACACGAGCUAUUGGGUGUACCCCAAUGACGCAACAGACAUCAAAAUUCACCCAUUCUUCAGAGGCAUUCGGUGGGAUGACCUCCAUAUGACUCGGCCACCACAUAUCCCGAGAGUCAAAGACUGGGAAGAUACUCGUUACUUUGAUGGCUGGAAGAACGUCGAACAACUCGAGGCGCAAGCAGAGGAAAGUGACUCAGAGGAAGAGUCUGAGGAGAACAUUGACGCGAAGCCCCAGGCUGCCUCUACUGGUAACAUGGCCGCACCUUCUCCUGACAAUCCGCUUUUCCAACGGCCAGUACCAGGAGGCGAUGCUAUUUUCCCGGUGGUACCACCCGCCCAAGCUGUUGCAAUGAACGCGCCCACCCAGAAGACAGAGAAACAGAAGGAAAGAAAACGACCACGAGACAAGAUUUUGCGGGAUAGAAAAGUUGGCAAGACAGCCUUGGAGAUUCGCAAGAGAGGUGCCUUCUUGGGAUACACAUACCGACGACCGAAGGGUCCAGCCAUGGCCUUGAGAACUGAACGAGGACGACAGCCAUUCGCCAGGGGAGCACUCGCAGAUCUCUAUACCCCAUGA